AUGUUGCCCGCGUAUGAUCCAAAUGAUUGGGAAGCUGGCAUGAAGCUUUUAGAGGACCUGACCACAAAUGCGUAUAAAGUGCAACAACAGGUAUUAGAGGAGAUUCUAACACAAAAUGUUCACACAGAAUAUCUUAGGAGCUUUCUCAGUGGCCAUUCUGACAAGAAACCUUUCAAGGAGAAAGUUCCUGUUGUGAAUUAUGAAGACGUUAAGCCUUACAUCGAGCGGAUAGCCAAUGGAGAGCCAUCAGAGAUAAUUUCGGCUCAACCAAUCACUGAGCUCCUCACAAGCUCGGGAACUUCAGAAGGGCAGCCAAAGUUGAUGCCUUCAACUGCUGAAGACUUGGAUAGAAAGACAUUCUUCUAUAACCUCCUUGUGCCAGUGAUGAACAAGUAUGUGGAUGGCUUGGAUCAAGGAAAAGGAAUGUACCUUUUGUUUAUCAAAUCCGAAAUUAUUACUCCUUCAGGUUUGAUAGCAAGACCUGUCCUAACAAGCUAUUACAAGAGUAAAAACUUUAGAAAUCGGCCUUUAAAUCGGUUCAACGUUUACACAAGCCCGGACGAGGCUAUCUUGUGUCCAGACAGCAAGCAGAGCAUGUACUGCCAAUUACUUUGUGGCUUAGUACACAGGGACCAUGUUCUAAGGGUUGGUGCUGUUUUCGCAUCUGCCUUUCUUCGGGCUAUCAAAUUCUUGGAGGAUUACUGGAGAGAGCUGUGUUCUAACAUUAGAACUGGUCGUGUCAGUGACUGGAUCACAGAACCCAGUUGCAGAAAGGCUGUAUCUUUAAUUAUUAGCAAACCCAAUUCAGAUUUGGCUGAUUUGAUUGAGUAUGAGUGUGGCAGUAAAUCAUGGGAAGGGAUAAUUAAAAAGCUUUGGCCUAGAACAAAGUAUAUUGAAGUAAUUGUUACAGGUUCUAUGGCCCAAUACAUCCCUACACUGGAAUUUUACAGCGGUGGACUCCCUCUAGUUUCAACUAUGUAUGCUUCUUCUGAAUGCUACCUUGGUAUCAAUCUCAAACCGCUAAGCAAGCCUUCUGAUGUUUCUUACACUCUCCUCCCUAACAUGGCCUACUUUGAGUUCAUACCGGUGGAGAAAAACCAUGAAGAGUCUGAGGAGAUCCAAUGCAACAGUGUUUCUGAUGAGAAUUGCACACAGGAGACUAGAAAGGCAAGAAUGGAAACAGUCGACCUAGUGGACGUGAAGCUUGGUCACUAUUACGAACUUGUUGUCACUACUUUUACAGGGCUAUACAGAUACAGAGUAGGAGACAUUCUCAUGGUUACUGGUUUCCACAACAAUGCUCCCCAGUUCCGGUUUGUUCACCGCAGAAAUGUGGUCUUGAGCAUUGACACUGACAAAACAAAUGAAGAAGACCUGUUAAAUGCAGUGACACAAGCGAAGCGCCUGCUCGAGCCCCUCGGCUUUCUCCUGACUGAGUACACUAGCUAUGCCGACACUUCAUCAAUCCCAGGUCAUUAUGUACUAUAUUGGGAGCUUAAAAUGAAAGGGAAUAACGAUUUACCCGAGCUUGAUCAGAAUAAAAUGGAACAAUGUUGCUCCAUAAUGGAAGAUUCACUGGAUUUUGUCUAUAGGAGAUGCAGGAAAAAUGACAAAUCAAUUGGACCCUUGGAGAUAAGGGUGGUGAUGCACGGGGCAUUUGAUGCACUAAUGGAUUUUUGUGUUUCUCAAGGGUCUUCUGUCAACCAAUACAAAACGCCCAGAUGCAUUAAAUCAGAGGAAGCCAUCAAGAUUUUGGACGCAAGGGUGAUGGGAAGGUUUUUCAGUAAAAAAAUUCCUUUUUGGGAGCCCUUUAGGAUGUAGACUAAAUGAAAUGACAAUGACAUGGGUUGGGGAAGUGAUCUUCCUAUUUGCUUUUUCCAGAUUCUGCCAUGUGGGAAUAUCAUGGGGUUAAUUUUCUGUCUCUGUU